AAAUGCGAAAUGCUAAAGUUUGACUCACUGCACAUAGAUCCUCUAUCACACGGAAAAUUGAUCGAAUUUAAUUGUAAUUUAAGGUUUAACCCUAUUGAUGGAUAAGGUAUUAUGAAAUGGGAACAGUAUAGGUGGAUUGGUCAUGAAUGUGUCAUAAAAUCUGCAGAGAAUACAAAUUUCCAGACUUGCUACUGCUAGUGCAAACCAGACAAAUCGGCCAUUAUACUUAUAUUUGAGGUACAACAAGCGACUCCUACAUAAUAGUGAGGGACUGAAUAGCUUUACAAGAUGCCUAGGUUCUUGGCUAUAGACUAUUUGACAGAGGCUGUUCAGAAGAAGAAAGCUGUCUUGAAUGCCCAACUUCCAGCCACACUGCCUUUGGAGAAGAUAGGUGGCUGUUUACACGGAGAAGUGCUGGAAGAAGAUGCACACAGGAAACCAUGGAGGAGAGUAUCUUGUGAAUCAGCUAUGUCUGCUGUCACAGAUCAUGGUGGACUUGUCACAGAUAUAAAAGUCAGUGAGGCAGUGAAACCAGUUAAAUAUUACAGCCCGGUAGUGGUUGUUAAGAAGGACCUGGACUGUAUUGAAAUAGUGCCCAGCUCCAACCCUCAGUCUCCGUCCUGGACACAGGAGUACAAGGAGCUCAGUAAGAGGCUAGGAAAUGGAGAGGAGACAUUUGUGCCUGACCUGGAGUCUGACAGUGAGUUCAGUUUAGAGGAGGUAUUUGUAGAAGACACCAUUGUAGAGACCAGGGGCCAGGCACCCAGGGUUCCAGACCUGCUGGGACGAUUACAGCCACCUAAGGUCAAAGAUCCCUGCACGGAUGAAGACGGAGUGUUAUAUACAGAGGAGUCAGUGUUUGGGAGUGAUCGUCAUUAUACGUCGUCUGUAGAAAUGCCUCCAAAACCUAAAGUUAUAAAAGAGAUAUUCAAAGUUGCAGAAGUUUUGCCAGAUUUUUGUCCAACUGCUGAAGAAGACUUAGAACCAGCCAGGGGCAGCAGUGUUAUGGAUGUGGAUGAACCAGCCCACGACAAUAGUGUUAUGCCUGAGAAAACCUGGAAGAACAGUUUUAUAUCUGAACUGGCCCAGGACAACAGUGUUAUAUCUGAGCCUGCCCAGGACAACUGUGAGUGA